AUGCAGCUUACCAUGGCCGCAGCUCUGCUGCUACUGGGCGCAUUCGCGCCAGUCUCGACGGCCUCCGCAGUCGCGGGGGCUCAGCAGGUGACUCCUGUGCAGAAGGUCAUCACACUCAUGGAGGGCAUGAUGGAGCAAGGCAAGAAGGAGAAGGAGGCGGAGCAGGUCCAGUUCGCCGCCUACAAGCAGUUCUGCGAGGACACCACGAGCCUCAAGCAGAAGGCGAUCGCGGAGGCCAACGACAAGAUCGAUGUACUGAAGGCUGACAUCGAGAAGUACCUCUCCGACGCCGAACAGCUGAAGAAGGAGAUCGAAGGCCACGACGCGGACAUCAGCGCCUGGGAUGGAGACAUGAAGGCCGCCACGAAGGUGCGAGGGCUCGAGAAGGCGGACUACGAGACGCUGCACACGGACUACUCCGAGUCGGUCAGCGCCUUGCAGCGGGCCAUCGAGGUGCUCAAGAAGCAGGCCUACAACCGUCCGCAGGCCGCAUUCGUUCAACUCGCUGAUCUCAACGGCCUCAGUCUCAUCCCUCCGGAGGCCAAGAGGGCCAUCGCCGCGUUCCUGCAGCAGGAUCCCGACGCGGCCGCCGAGGGCCUGGAGGUCAGCGCCCCCGAAGCCUACGGGUACGAGUUCCAGUCGAAGGGUGUGAUUGAGAUGCUCGAGAAGCUGCUGGACAAGUUCAUCGCGGAGCGCACCACGCUGGAGAAGACAGAGGUGAAGACCCAGCAGGAGUUCGAGAUGCUGAUGCAGGACCUGGAGUCCUCUACUGCGCAGGCCAAGCAGGACCGGGAGGAGAAGGCGGAGCUGAAGGCGAAGGCCCUUCAGGCAAAGGCGGACGCGGAGGGCGACCUGACCGACACAACAACGACCCGCGACGCCGACCAGCAGUACCUGACUGACCUGGUUGCCACGUGCGAGCAGAAGGCAACGGAUUUCGAGUCCCGGCAGACUCUCCGCGCGGAGGAGCUGGUGGCCAUCAAGAAGGCCAUCGAGAUUAUCUCCAGCGAUGCCGUCAGCGCCAACGCCGAGAAGCACCUGGCGGCCACCGAUGCGGAGAAGGCCGCUUACGGCUCCGCCUUUGCGGCCCUGCGAUCCGCCACUGGCAGCGAGUCCCAGGAGCAGGCCGCGCAGUACCUCCGGCAGCAGGCGGACCGCAUCGGCAGCCGGGUGCUCUCGACUCUCGCGGGGCGGGUGGAGACGGACCCUUUCAAGAAGGUGCUCCGCAGAACUCAAGACCUCAUCACAAGAUUGAUGGAGGAGGCGAACGAGGAGGCUGAGCACAAGGGUUGGUGCGACACCGAACUCUCCACGAACGAGCAGACGAGAAAGACGAAGACGCAGGCCGUUGAGACACUGCACGCCGAGAUCGACCAGCUGCAGACCUCAACCGCCAAGCUCAGUGAGGAAAUCGCGGAGCACACGAAGGCGGUGGCCGAGCUUCAGAAGGCGAUGGCCGAGGCGACGGAGCUCCGCAAGACGGAGAAGGAGAAGAACGAGGAUAGGGGAUCGCAUGAGGCGCAGACGGCCGUGGCGCAGGCCCUCGUGGUGCUGAAGGAAUUCUAUGCCAAGGCCGCGGAGGCCACGGCGCUCCUGCAGCAGCAGCCCCCGCCCAUCUUCGAGAAGGCCUACACGGGCAUGGGCGGCGAGGCGGGUGGCGUCGUGGGCAUGCUCGAGGUCAUCGAGUCGGACUUUGCCCGCCUCGAGGCGGAGACCAAGGCUUCCGAGGCCUCGGCGCAGAAAGAGUACGACAUGUUCAUGACCGAUCAGACGGCUCGUCGCCGAGCACUCCGACCCCCUGACAUCGAGCACAAGACCGCAAAGAGGCAGGACGAGGAGCAGGCCCUGACGGUCUCGCAGGCGGACCUCGAGGGCACCCAGAAGGAUUGGGAUAUGGGAUACGUGACGUCGCCACGACGCGGACCGUGGCCGGCGGACUUCGACAAACUGAAGCCCUCGUGUGUGGACGCGGGCGUCAGCCGCGGCCCCGGCGGCCUCGCGUAA